CAUAUGCAGCUGUGAUUUCUCUGAAGCAAACGAUACAUCGCCUUCUUAACUCUUCUCACACUCCCAUUUCCUCUUUGAGUCGAGAAAUCCUUGAAUUUGCAUCCAUAGAGAUCACAUCCUUGCAAGAAUUUCUCAACGAAUUCUACCAAAGCAACUGCAAGAGAUGGAACGCUUUGGAUGCCAAAAUCACAGAAGCCGUACAAAAAGCGGAAGACGCCCUCGAAUCCAAUCACCUUCUCUCUCCACCCGAAGAGAUAUAUUCCUUUGUCGAAACCAUGACGCAAAUAAAGAACGACUUCACCCAAAAUCACCCGCCACUAGACGAAGAUGAAGAAGAAGAAGAUGAUGAUGAUGAUGAUGAUGCAGCCGUUUCAACAUAUAACGAUCUCGGCUCUGAAAUGAUAGGAUUAUCCAAUGAGUUAGCGGAAAUGAAAGAAGGCCUGCUCAAACCACUGAGGCCCUACGAUUUCGGGGUUUACUCCCACGUCGGAAAGAGAGGCUCUCUCAGAAGCAUCACCGCAAAAGCCCUUUUCGACGAUAUAUUCGUCGCAAAAGAAGAGCCCUUCGACUGCGGGGCGUGGGUGACCGUAGGCAGAAACUAUCAAAUCACUGAAAUUCUCACAAAUAUCAUCGCCCAAGUAGAUGAUCAAGCACGAGUUGAUAAUCAUGAUAUGGAGAAAUUGAGGAAGGAUUUGUAUGCGAGGUUGAAGGGUCGGAGAUACAUGAUUGUGUUGGAUGAUGUAGACGACGUUGAGGUUUGGGAUGAGUUGAAAAACUCAUUUCCAGAGCAACACAAUGGGAGCCUAAUCGUGCUGACCACGGGGCACAUCGAAGUUACCCAAUUUGCAAAAAGUUUUUAUAUUCACGAAAUGCCGAUGCUAUUUGGUGACUUCUUUUGGGAUUUUCUUCGAAUGUUGAUGUUUACGUACGGGAAGGAGAUCGAUCCAGAAAUGGAAAAAGCUGGGAAGAAGAUUGCUGAGAAUUGUAGAGGAAGUCGAAAUGCGCUUGCUAGAAUUAUCCUCUUCCUCUACAAAGUCGACAUGACUCCAGAUCAGGAAAGCUGGAACAAGCUAGCUGCGGAUGAACAACACUCCAUAUUCGUCGUCCAUGAUGAAGUCUCCGAGGUUUGUAAACUCAGAGAAGACAUAUAUGAGCUUACAGACGAAAAGAAAUUUAUGAUCACAUCUCCACUUGAGCUUUCUGCGGCUCUUAAACUAAUCAAGGAGUAUCUUUUUCCCCGAAAAUACUUUCCAAAAUUAAAAAUCAUGUUCAUCUGUGGAAUGGCAGGUAUUGGAAAGACUACUCUUGUUAAGAAUCUUUUCGAAGAUUCCUCAGUUUCGAAUCACUAUGACCACCAGGUGUGGGUGGCUCUCGGCCCAAGAUAUAAGCCAGAGGAAAUCUUGAUCGAUAUUCUAGCUCAAAUAUAUCCUCGCAUCGAUAGAGAACGUGUCAAAAAUGAUGCAAACUUAGCUGCAGAUUUGUGUAUGGUAAUGGAAAUAUCAUACAAGAGAUGCUUCAUUGUGUUAGAUGAUAUGUGGAAGCCAGAGCCAUUAUACCACUUAAAAACUCUAUUUCCAAACAUUAGAGUUAAUAUCAUUGUGACAACCCGGCUACCUGUGCUAGGUCCGUCAUUUGGGCCAGAUGAUAGGUAUUACACAGUGCGCUUACUCAAUAAACAAGAAAGUUGGGAUUUUUUUUGUCACAAGUUGUUUGUUGGUGUGCCAUGUCCUCCUCGGCUAGAGGAAGUUGGCAAGAAAAUUUCUAACAAAUGUGAAGGUCUUCCUCUCUUGAUCCUCACAGUUGCCAAUCUCUUGUCAAAAGCUGAGAAAACGCUAGAGUAUUGGAGAAUGGUAGCAGAGGAAAGAAAUUCAGUGUUCAAGGAUGCAUAUGAUCAUAUGCAUAACGUGUUAGUUCCCAGCUACCACAACAUCUGAAAGCGUGUUUUCUCUAUAUGGGCGUUUUCUCACUGAAUGAUGAGGUUCCAGUGUCGAAGCUCAUUGAUUUGUGGGUUGCAGAUGGAUUUCUUGAGCCAGAUGCUUCUCAGACUGUAGAGGAUUAUGCUCUUAAAUGUUUGAAGGAGAUUGUUAAUCGAAGUCUAGUUAUGGUCCAACGGAGGGACUCUGAUCCCAAAUCCAGUAAGACAUGUAGACUUCAUUCUGUGUUUUGGCAUAUGUGUAGCCGUGAAGCUGAGAAGAGCAUGAUUUUCAAUGCUUAAACUGUACACGGAUUAAAGGAGGAGCAAAGGAGAGUGUGCAUUCGUAAUAACAUUUUGUUAGGCAUCAAACAUGAGCAUGACUCAAUGUUAUACACACGUUCUCUUUUAUGCACUGGCCAAUACCAUCAGUAUCCAGUACCAAUACCUUUUAGGUCGAGGCUGCUGAGGAUAGUAGAUGCUAUGUCAAUCCGUUUAUACGAGUUCCCAAUCGAAGCAGUGGAACUCAUACAUCUAAAGUAUCUUGCCCUCACUUGUGAUGGGAGGCUUCCUACUUCUAUAUCCAAACUCCGCAGCCUGGAGAAGUUGCUUGUGAAAAGGCAUUUGAGCACCAAAUCUGUUGAAGAUUCUUCGAUUCUGCCCAUGGAAAUCUGGGGUAUGAAAGAACUGAGGUAUCUUCGAGUUGAAGGAUGCAACCUACCUAGACCUAGUAGUGAUGAGGUUUUAGCCAACCUCUCUACACUAUUAGAUGUGAACAUUGAUAGUUGCACUAAGGAGGUUCUAAGAGGUGUUCCAAAUAUAAAGAGGUUAGGAGUCCGGAUCCAGCUUGAGCCGGGAGAUGAUAGAAAGUCCUUCCAUCACUUGAAUAACAUAUCCAGUCUUGGCAAACUGGAAUCACUUACUUGUGUGGUUGUGAAUCCUGACCUAAGUCAGGAUACUGUCACUCCACCUCCAUGUUUCCAUUGUCUCUUAAGAAGUUGAGUUUGAGUGGGCUAGGAUAUCCAUGGAGUUACAUGGACAUAAUUGGCAGACUACCAAAUCUUGAAGUGCUCAAAUUACGAUGCUCUAUGCCUUUCAAGGACCAGUAUGGGAAACAGAUUAUGCCAGUUUCGGCCAGCUUAAGCUUCUCUCACUCGAAGAUACUGAUCUAGUGUUAUGGCGAACAAGAAACCCCAGCUUCUUUUCUCUUAACUCUCUUAGAAUUAAAAUUGCUAUAACCUAGAAGAGUUCCCUACUUACUUGACUUGCAGUGUUCGAAUGCUUCAAGUAGUUGACUGCAGCCCUUCAGCUGUGACAUGGGCAGAAAAAAUGAAACAAAAUGAUUGGGAGAAUAGAAUAGAAACGCUAACAAUUGAUGUCCAUUCUUCAUGGGAUGAUGAGAAUCUCAACUCAUGACUGCUUGCUUAAAAAGGUUAGUCUCUUCAAUUCAAUAUUCUAUUUUCAGUAGUAUCAUAGACAGUUCGUAUUAUAGGAGUAUGUUUUUUUUGAUAACGAUAUGUAUAUAUUUCUUAUGUUUUCCUACACAUGCCCGCCCCCUACUUGAUUUAUUAUAUUCUUUUGAAGAUGUUGAUCCAAGAAAUUCACUUUCCCCAGAUUCCUAUAGCUCUUAUUACUAACUAUCCUCUGUUAAAUAGAUUGAAGUAGAUGAGUGUAACUCUCUUGUUAGGAAUUUGGCAGAGGAAAUGAAAACAGGAACAUGCCUGGCAGCUUACAAGAAACAAGGCAUUUGCAAGACUCACUUGAAAGGGUGAUCACAAAUGCAUAGUGCGAUGGAGAGCUGACGAUCCAUGCUUCCCUUGUGUCAACCGUGUGGAUCCAUCCGUGCAUAUGUGAUCACCGUCCCUGGAGUUUCAACAACUCCCCUUGCGCACUUCCACUCGGGCUGUUGGAAAAAACAAAUUUGUAGAUGUGAAUGGAAUAUGCAUCAGGAAAAGUAUCAUGUAAACGGUUAUUUGAAUUGAAUAGCUGUGACA